CAGGCCGGAUGCAAGUGUCUUCAAACAGCUGUGCUGCCAGCCACUUCGCAGACAUCGGUUGCAGCCCAUCAGCAGUCCCGUCACGAUGUCGCCGCUGCCGUCGCUGCUGCUGACCGUGCUGCUGUCAGCGGGCACCGCUCGCGCCGGCUGUCCGACCAACGUCGACUGGGUCGAGUUCGAGGGCUUCUGCUACUGGUGCUCCACGUACCCCGCCACCUGGUCAGCGGCGGUCACCGCGUGUCCCACCGUGGGCGACGGCUCCCAGAUCGCCUCCAUCCACUCACUGGUCGAGAACUCGUUCGUCAUGGAGACCUACAACUACGGCGAGACGUGGAUCGGCCUGAACGACCUCGGCGCCGAGGGUCAGUUCACCUGGUCGGACGGAGCGGACCUGGACUUCACAAACUGGCAGCCCGGCCAGCCGGACAACCUGGAUAACGAGGACUGUGUGUGGAUGCCGCACCCCAAGGACCCCAGCGGCGGACGAUGGGACGACUACGACUGCGACAGAAGCCUCUUCUUCCUCUGUAAGAUGCCUGCUACUAGCUGAACAACCGGUGUUCAUAUAUUCGCUGAUGUCUGCAUUUGCGGCUGCGCUGCCAGCAUCAGGGCUAGUGCCAUACCGACGUUCGAGGGAAAAUAAAGCCUCUGAGAAGUGA